UUGACAAUUCUCUGGACCCACCCACCUGACCUAUCUAAUAUCUUUACGUAUAAAUGUUUGUUUUUCCUAGUUUUCAUUUUUAUUAUACAAUGAUAAGAAAUUGAAGUGAAAAAUGCCUUGCACCAAAUGUAGCUCAGACUUUACUCUUUUCAAUUGGAAAAUUAAGUGCGGAGAAUGCGAAAACAAAUAUUGUAACAAGUGUUUAAAACGCAAAGAAGGGGUAUUGUUUUGCGAAGUGUGUCUGGUUUUAAUUAAACGGCCCCCCGAUCGUGUAAAACUUAUGGAAUUGAAGGUAAAAGACCUAAGAACCUAUUUAAACAAAAACGACAUUUCUACCUAUGGCUUAGUUGAAAAAAAUGAGUUGGUAGAUUUGUUUUGUAAUAAGUACAUUCCUGAAAAGCAACAUAAGGGAGUUGAUAAACUUACAGCUAACUUCGGAGAUCCUCUCAAACCCAUAAACGGCUUUUUUAAUAAUUUAGAAUCAGUCAUAACUGAAUCUCGACCUGGGGCUCGCCCUAGUACAGUUUACGCUACUGCCCCUCCAACAAGAGUGCCUGAAAAUCAAUCUGUGCCUGAUAGUCCUCAGCAGAGUGCUGGUGCUUCAGCUUCUUCUGCACCCACUGGGGGAUCGACACAUUCAGCUCCUAGAGUAGUUCCUGAAGAAAGACCUACCACAUCACAAUUUACAGAGCAAUUUACUGAUUUUACUCCAGAUUCCAGCCCUCUACCACAAAGAUAUCCUCGUCUAGAUGAUUUUAAAAGUGUGGAAGAGUUAAGUGAGCUGAGCCCUAAACUACUAAAGAUUUUAUUGAGGAUUAAUAGAGUGGAAUAUAGAGGGUGUAUUGAGAAAGGUGAACUACUAGAAAGAGCCGAGGCUCUCUGGCUUGACAAUAAUAAAAACAAAGACCUUCCAGACGAUGUACCCAUAGAUGAGAUCUGCAAACUUUGUAUGGAUGCACCUUUAGACUGUGUUUUAUUAGAAUGUGGUCACAUUGCAACUUGUAUUGAAUGUGGUAAAAAGUUGGCAGAAUGUCCUAUCUGUCGAAAGUAUGUAGUGAGAGUAGUUAGAACAUUCAAGGCAUAAAAUUGUAUAAAUAAUGCAGGUGUUUUAAAACAGAGCAAAGUAUUUUUUCAAGAAUUAAUUUAUUGUCUUUUUUAUUUGUAAUUUUAAUGUGAAUUUUAUAUUGUUAUAUUUCAAAUCAAUAACUUUUAGAUAAUGAUGUCCUGCAAAGUUAUCUUAAUACAUUUUCUUGUUCAAAACUAACUAUUUGUUAAGGAUUUAAAAUGAAUUCUUUGUGAUGAAAAAUUUUUUGGUGAUAGAUACACAUAUUUAUGUCCUUAUUGUUAGGAAAAUAUAGGCAUUGAUAAUGUUGUUUCCUUAGA